AUGACGGUAUAUAAUCUUGAAGAAUUUUCAACAAAUCAUCCGAAGUUUGAAGAUUUCAAGUUCAGGAUGAAGAUCGCAGUUGUUUUCGCCGUCGCCAUUGUCAUGCUGUUGAGCCAGGAGUCGGAGUGUAUAGUUGGCGGUCUGUUGGGAAGUGGAGGUGCAGGCGGUCUGUUGGGAGGUGCAACUGGUCUGUUGGGAGGUGCAAGUGGUGGAGUUAAUCUGCUAGCCACUAUUACAGCCGCUGUAACUAACGGUGGUAUGACCAGAGCUGCUCUACAGGCCUUACUGAACAUUGAUUUGGACUUAUUCAACACCCUCUUUGCUCAGAUUGACCUCAAUGUAAACGGUAUGGUAGAUCUUAAUGAACUUUUGAAUCUUCAGGUUCUAUUGGCUGCACAAGGUAUUUUGAGUGGAGUUGUACCUGUUGGUAGAUAGAUGAUAACAGUCACAUGAAUUAACAUGGAGUUAUCUUAAUACCAAUCAACAUGAUAUCA